AUGGGAGGUUAUCUACCACUUGUUUCAGAGAUGCAGUGUGAGGAGCUGUCAGCCAGAGAGGAGUUCACCUACAGCCACAUGCCCACUCUGGAAAGAGGCGGCGGGACGCUGGGACGAAGGGGUGACAGGGGAGCAGAGAGAAGGCCAGACAGGGGGGAGCGGGAUAGACCCGAGCGGGACAGCUACACGGUGGACGUGAGGGCCAGUGACCUGCAGCUGGCCCAGCCGGAGCCUCUAAAGCACCCCUGCUUCAGCUACAGGGCCUGGCUCUACAGUGUCCUCAUAGGGGGCAGUUUGCUCAUCACAUCUGGUUUCUCCCUGUACCUGGGAAAUGUGUUUCCGGUUGCCAUGGACUACCUGCGCUGCGCUGCAGGCUCUGGCCUCCCUGCAGCCAUAGCUAGUUUUGCCAUUGCCAAGAACAGACAUGUGGCAGUGUCAGAUUUCCAGGUGGUCUAUGUGUCAACAUUUGCUGUAACAACCACCUGCCUGGUUUGGUUUGGUUGUAAACUGGUCCUGAACCCCUCUGCUGUCAAUAUAAACUUUAACCUCAUCUUGAUGAUUUUGCUGGAGGUGUUGAUGGCCAGUACUGUCAUCCUGUCAGCCCGCUCUGCAGAGGACUGCUGCUGCCACCGGAAGUCGGUGACAUAUGACAGACCUGUGGUUAUAACGCCUGCAGUGUUCCCCACUCGACUCCUCAAAGCAUAUUCUGUGAUUGAAGUGAUCGUGGGAAUCUCUGCUGUAUUUGGAGGAAUUAUUGCCCUCAACAUGGAUGCUUUGCUGCCAGGUCCCUACUUGUCUGUCACAUUUUUCUGGAUCCUUGUGGCUUGUUUUCCCAGUGCUAUUGCAAGUCAUGUUGUGUCAGAAUACCCCAACAAAUGUCUGGUGGAGGUGCUAAUUGCUAUCAGCAGUGUGACGUCUCCCCUGCUCUUUUCAGCCUCCGGUUUCCUCUCUUGUAGUGUGAUCAGCUUUAUUGAAAUUUUUCUGCACGAUGUGCCUACAGCCAAGCAAUCCUAUGACAUCCUGCUGCUGAUUCUGAUGGUGCUGCUGCUGGUGCAGGCAGUUCUAACUUCAGCCACCGUGGUGCACUGUGCCUCCUACAAGAGUCAGCUCCGCAUGGGGGCUCCAGAGUGCGACGACAGCAUGCACACCCCGACCCAUUACUGUGAGCAAGCAUCCAGUGGAACGCAGGAUUUCAACAAAGACAGAGCCUGGAAGGCAGUUGUGGUCCAAAUGGCCAAAUGA